AUGCACUUUGUUGAUAUGAGUAGUCUUCAAUCUUUUUUUAAAGCGAAAUUUGGAGAUGAUUAUUCUGUAUUUGUCAAAAAUCAAGGCACCACUAUCACCAUAGCUGCUAUCUAUGUCGCCUAUGUUCAUGAUGGCAUCAUUCUCAGUCAACACAAGUUUGCUAAAGACUUAUUAGCAACUGCUGGUCUAUCUUCAUACAAGUCUGCUGUGACUCCCUUGCCUCUCAAUUUACAACUCAGUUCCAUUGAAGGUACUUUACUUCAUGAUGCUACAUACUAUAGAAGUAUGGUAGGCAAACUGAAUUUCCUCACCCACACUAGGCCUGAUCUUACCUACAGUGUUCAACACCUUAGUCAAUUUAUGCAACAACCUAGGGAACCACAUCUACAGGCUCUUCACCAUACUAUUUCCUAUGUUGCUCACACCGCAGGGCAGGGUAUUCUUCUUAAAGGCUCCGACAAACUUGCUUUGCAGGCCUUUUCUGAUUCAGAUUGGGCAUCCUGCAUUGAUUCUAGGAAAUCAGUCUCAGGGUAUGUUCUUCAACUUGGUCAAUCACCAAUAUCAUGA